UUUGGGCGGAAGUGGGUCCGACCCGAAUUGGGUCCCCCGCGGGCGGAUGCGCAGGGCCUGGCGGCGCGGCGGGAUGGAGGCCGGCGGUCACGGGCAGGAGGCCGAGGCGGGCGGCCAUGGCGGCCACAAGAAGAAACACAAGAAGCACAAGAAAAAGCACAAGAAACGGCACCACCACGAGGCGGGGCCGCCCCAGGGGCCCGAACCCCCUCGGCAGCCCCGGCUGAGGCUCCGGAUUAAGCUGGGAGGGCAGAUCCUGGGCACCAAGAGUGUCCCCACGUUCACGGUGGUCCCCGAGGGGCCGCACUCACCGUCCCCGCUGCUGGCAGGCGACGAGGAGGAGCCCAGCGUCCCCAUCGAGCAGUACCGGGCCUGGCUGGAUGAGGACAGCAACCUGGCCCCCUCCCCACUGCCCGAGCUGGACCCCGAGAGCUGCUUCCCCCCCCGUGAGGAGGGGGAGGAGGAGGAGGAGGAAGAGGAGGAGGAAGAGGAGGAGGAGGAGCGGCGCUGGCUGGCGGCCCUCGAGAGGGGGGAGCUCGAUGACAACGGUGACAUCAAGAGGGAGGUGGAUGAGUCCCUCCUGACAGCCCGGCAGCGCGCGCUGCUGCACAAGCAGCAGAGCCAGCCCCUGCUGCAGCUGCCCAUGGGCGCCAAGGCCAAGGAGGUGACGGAGGAGAUGCGGGAGAAGCGCGAGGAGCGGGCGCGGCGCCGGCGGCUGCAGGCGGCCCGCAAGGCCGAGGAGAGCAAGAACCAGACCAUCGAGCGCCUGACGCGCACGCACAAGGCCAAGGUGAGGGCCCUGCGCGAGCGCCGCGCCCGCCCCCGGCCCUGCCCGGUGGUUCACUACCGCAGCGCCGCCGACGGCGUCACCGUGUCCUUCCCCGCCGGGCUGCCGCCCGCCCGGCCCUGCGCCGUGCCCGGCUGCACCAACGCCAGGCGCUACAGCUGCGCCCGCACCGGCCGGCCGCUCUGCAGCCUGGGCUGCUACCAGCGCAACCUGCAGCUGCUGCAGAGCGCGGGGUGAUGGUGCUCGGGGGGGAUGGACCCUCACCGGGGGGCUACGGACCGUCCCUGGGGGCUAGAGACCCUCCCUGGGGGCUACAGACCAUCUACAGGGGCUACAGACCCUCCCCGAGGGGCUACGGACCGUCCCUGGGGGCUACAGACCAUCUACAGGGGCUACGGACCAUCUACAGGGGCUAUGGACCCUCCCUGGGGGCUACAGACCACUCUGGGAGGCUGCAGACCCUCCCCAGCUGGCUAAGGACCCUCCGUGGGGGACUAUGGACCCUCCCCAGGGGGUACAGACCAUCUACAGCGGCUGCAGACCCUCCCCAGGGUCUAUGGACCCUCUGUGGGGGGCUAGAGACCCUCCCUGGGAAGCUACAGACAUUCCAUGGGGGACUGCAGAUCUUCUCCAUGGGGUUACGGACCCUCCCCGGGGGUUACGGACCCUCCCCGGGGGGCUGUGCCGUGGGUACAAAGGCAUCACCGGGCCCUGUGGAGUUCCUGGCUUAUCCACGUGGGGCUGGAAGAGGAACCCGCAGCUUUCCCGCUGUGGGGAGCUCCAGGUGUUCCACACGGAGCCAGAAGGCAGAACAAGGGGGGCUUCGAACCGUCUGCUGUGGGUACAGAGCGUCGGCCACGCCACGUGGACACAAGGGACAGGAGAGCUGCAGGUCCUCGUGGACACAGGGAUGGGGAGCUCCAGAGGGCUGCAGGCUCUCCAGCAUGGACACGGCGUGUUGGGGACGCGGGCAGGGAGGGAGGGCGGUCCUGAGGCGGGUUCUGUGUGGCGGAGCUCAUUAAAGGCUGUUGU